UUUCUAGGAAGGGGUCUGGAGGAGGGAAAAUUUCCCUUUCUGGUGAAAGGGGACUGGAGCAUUAUGACAGUCAAGUCUUUAAAAGCUUAUGAGUUCCCAGAGUCCUUGCCGAGUAACCGCUGCCUCCGCUGAUGUUGUCGGAUGUCAAUAAAGAGAGGUUGAAGGCAACACUUCUCAUGGAGCAGGUAACAUCAAAAGGUGCUGGCUUGAACCCCAACGCAAAAGUGUGGCAAGAAGUGCCCCAGGGCAGUGGUGAGGCCGUGCCCCCCACCAAUGGCACAGAGCACACGUGGCAGGAGACAGCAGCAGCCCAGGGGACUCCAGCUGAGGGUAACAUAGAGAUCUCAGAGGACAGCUGCAAGCAGUAUGAAGUGAUGUAUUCCCCAUCCUGUGAAGCCCCAAGGAAUGGUGCAGGAGCUGAUGAGGCCUCAGCAAAUGGAAUUGUCCUGGCAACUGAAGAUCUGGGGUACCAAAUCUAUGAAGUGUCUGGUGAUGGCAGCUCCACUGUGUCCACAGAAGACAUCAGAGAAUGUUUGAGAAAACAGCUUGAAUUCUGCUUCUCUCGAGAGAAUCUUUCAAAGGAUCUCUACUUGAUGUCUCAGAUGGACAGUGAUCAGUUUGUUCCAAUAUGGACAAUUGCCAACAUGGAAGGGAUUAAGAAGCUGACAACAGACAUGGACCUUAUUCUUGAAGUUUUGAGAUCUUCUCCUAUGGUACAAGUGGAUGAAAGGGGGGAGAAAGUCAGACCAAACCACAAACGAUGUAUUAUCAUUCUCCGUGAGAUCCCUGAAACUACACCUAUAGAGGAGGUGAAGGCUCUGUUCAAGAAUGAGAACUGCCCCAAGGUGAUAAGCUGUGAGUUUGCUCACAACAACAACUGGUACGUUACAUUCCAGUCCGACACAGACGCGCAACAGGCAUUCAAAUAUUUAAGGGAAGAAGUGAAAACCUUUCAGGGCAAGCCAGUAAUGGCCAGGAUAAAAGCCAUCAACACGUUUUUUGCUAAGAAUGGUUACCGGGUCGUGGAUUCCAGUGUGUAUCCCCAGCCUGUGCAGACCCAAGCCCAGUUUGCCUCCCCCCUGUUUAUGCAGCCUGUAUAUAGCCCUCAGCAGUACUCGAUUUACAGCAUCGUGCCUCAGACGUGGUCUCCAAAUCCUGCACCUUACUUUGAGACACCACUGGCCCCGUUUCCCAACGGUGGGUUUGUGAAUGGCUUUAAUACACCAGGAUCAUAUAAAACAAAUGCUGCUUCUCUGAGUAUAGGUCGCCCAUUCCACAGGAAUCGGGUGAAGCCCCAUUUCCGCUCGUCCGGCAGCUCGGAGCACCCCGAGGGGCCGCCCGGCGCCGGGGCCCUGCCCAUGGGGGACCUGAGCAGAACCAGCUCAAGGAACUUUGUCAUGGAGCGACACAGCGGCUCGUUGAGCGGGCACCAAGACCAAGGGUAUUCCCAGAAGGAUUCUCCCGCGGCGCAGCUGGAGCAGAACGGCGAUUACGGCGUCGGCAGGGGCAGGAGGAACGUGUUCAGGGGUCGGAGGAGACGGGAGGACGACCGUGUUUCGAGACCUCAGCCUUCAGCAGAAACAAAGACUCAGACACCAAAGUUUGACUUGCUUGCAUCCAAUUUCCCACCUUUGCCUGGCAGCACAGCAAAAAUUCUGGGAGAGCCUGUGCUGGAGAGCAGGAUGUCCGACAUCGUUAAAGGAGUCUGCAAAGAGAAGGAAAGCAAAGACCCCCUGUGCCCCUGCCCUGCUCCUGCUCCGGAUGAACAAGCUCCCAGCGCUGCCCAACCGCCCGUGCCCAGCGUGAGCUCCCCGAGCCAGACGGAGCCUGUGGUGCUGAGCACGGUUCAGCCAGAGAGCAAACCAGAAGAAGUGUCUGCUCCAAAGGACGUGGCCAGCCCGGCUUCUCCACCGGCGUCCGUCUGUCCCAUCAGCGCUGCAAAGCCACCGAGGACAAACUCCUCCUCACCUUCUGCUCAAGCAAGUGCAGCUCCUGCUCUGUCGACACAGGAGCCUCGCAAGCUCAGCUACGCCGAAGUUUGCCAGAAACCCCCGAAGGAGCCGCCUCCAGUCCCAGUCCAGCCUCUGAGGGAGCACCGCGCCAACAUCGUUCCCCCUGCCAAAAAUGAAGAAAACGGUACGCUGGAGAAAGCUCCGGAGAAGGCUCCUCACGAGAGGGCUCCUCACGAGAGGGCUCCUCACGAAGGCCGAAUGAAGGAUUACUCCGGCUUCCGCGGCAGCGGGGCUCCCAGGGGAGCUGCUGGGAAAAUCAGGGAACAGAGGCGCCAGUUUGGACGCAGAUCUUCGCCUCAGGGAGCGCCGCGCCGCGUGGGCAAGGAGCAGUACGUGCCACCCCGGUCACCAAAGUAACGCUGGGCCAGCCAAUGAUUCUCUGUUUCACUUGAGCUGUGGACUAAAGAGCAGCAGAGAGACUGAGGAGGGAAGGAUUCGGGAAGGGGAAUACUGAACUGGAGCGUGGCUUGUUUGGAGAAGUUGUGGAGGGUCCCAAAAUUCAUCUCUAAAAGUGAUUUCACAAAUGCUGGAGGAUUCCAAUCACUAUAAAUAUAGAGAUUAUAAUUUUUGUAUUUUUGUUUUUAAUUUGCAGAGGGUUUCCUGCUUGAGAUCAGCUUUGGGAUUGUGAAAGUAGCAUUUUGACGAAGUGAAAGAAUAUGAAUUGACAAAUUAGCCUGUCCCUCGGUGUAGGAGGAAAAGGACAAGAGAAUAUUAUUUUUGGAAAAUGAGCAUUUCUGUAAAAUUAGAACUUUUUGUAACCUAUUUAACGUUUGACUUGUGGGCUGGUGUGUCUGCCAUGGAUGGCCUCUGCAGCAGCAUGAGCAGAGUGAGUGCAGCCAGAACUGUUGUCAUCACUUAGUCACUGAUGAUGAAAACUGAAUGUACUACUGUAGUGUAACCCAUGUGUUUCCAGCUUGAAGUAGAGUCUCUUGACCUUACUAAUAUUUCAUUCAGCAAGCUUUUUAAGGUAUAAGUUUUGCAGGAUACUGGAUUGUAGAUGAGAGUGCGUGGACAGCAGAAAUUGUCUGGUAGAUGCAGUGGAAGGAGGCAAAGGGAGCAUGUGAGAAUCUUUAUAAUGCCCUUUUUCCUCGCCUCCUUUUGAGGGCAACUCCUUAGGUUUGGGGUUUUGUUUGUUUGCUUUUUCCCUCUUUUGUUCCUUUCUCUAAUUUCUUUAUUACAGACUUUAGUGCGUUUUUCUUGGUGUGUUUUCCUGAGGCAGCCCCAGGGUAGGAUGGGCAGGUGGCUACACAGCACCUGGUGUUACCUGUACAGGUAAGGAGCCUGGAAUUCCUGCUGCAGAUGCUGACUUUGCCUUGCAGGUGGGAACUCUGGGCACUCACUGGCAUCUCUGGAUGACUGGGCAGCAAACCAGAGCUGUGGCUGGGUUUUCUCUGUGCUGACUCUGGAAAAGGCUGUUGGCUGCUGUGUUGCCAGAAAUCAGGGUUUAGGCUCCUGGGAACUCGUUGUUUACAGCUGAUGUCAUAGCAACUGACUCGUUUUUAACUGUUUAAAGUGGAACUAAAGAUGCAGAGUUAAGGAAAUCCCCUCUGGAGCAGUGGCAUUGCCAGCUGUAUGCUGACUGAAUUUGCAACACUAUUGUGCAGUAAGUGGUUAAGUUUCAGGGUGAUUAAUGACUGAAAUAGGAACACUGAGUGCAUUAAUCUGCCAAAAUCAGCAUACCAGGGUUCAAAGUUCUGUAUAAAGUGUUAGGGAAAAGUAGCUUCCAGCAGUAAGAAUCACAUCUUUAUUUUUUCCUCUUUUUUUUUUUUUUUUUUUUUUUUUUUUUUUUUUUUUUUUUUUUAGUGAAUAGCAAGUGUACAAAUUUAAAGUUGUAAGUUGUGAACACUGGAAAACUCAAUUGUGAUAUAUUCCGUAACCAUCUUAGUAAUAUAUGCUCGUGUUGCCAUAGAAUGAAUGUAAGUGGCAGUUAAAAUAACUGUGAAAUUUUUCAUCUUCUGAUUUCUUAGCCAGAUAACCCUUGGCAACUUGGGCCUCAGUAGGAAUUCUCUAUCGACUGCUUGGAGAACACUCAUAUCUAUUUUUAUAAAUAUAUAUAUAAAGCCAGAGUUGUCAUUUCUCUAACUUAUUAUUCAGCUUGGCAAGUGCUUUGAGUUGAUUCAUAACACAAUAUAAUGUAUUUAUGCAGUUAACUGUUCAUUUCUAGGCAUGUUACAAAGAGAGAGUCAGAGAAUCAUCGAAUGGGCUGAGUUGGAAGGGACCCAUCAGGAUCAUGGAGUCCAACUCCUGGCCCUGCACAGACACCCCCAAAAUCCCACCCUGUGCCUGAGAGUGUUGUCUAAAUGCCUCUUGACAUCAGACAGGCUUGGAGCUGUGCCCCCUUCCCUGGGGAGCCUCUUCAGUGUCCCACCCCCUCUGGGGAAGGGCCUUUUUGUGAUCUCCCACCUCAACCUUCCCCAACUCAGCUUCCUGCCAUUUCCUCGGUCCUAAAGGAUGUAUACAUAUAUAUUUAGAUAUUUGGAUAUAUAUAUAUGUAUAUAUAAGCCCCCAAAUCAGUAUUCACUUUGAAACUACCUGUACUGGGUUUGGGAGGGUUUGUUUUUUUUUUAAUUUAGUGAAAAAAAAUCGUUGAUCACAUCCACAAUCCGGGA